UAUCUUAACGAAGAACCUCUUCCUGUUGCGGAACUCACUCUGAAGACAAAAAGCCGACGUCCGGAGGAGUCGUCACACUUGUUUUCCCGCCCGGCGCCUCUUGUCCACGCGACAGCCCCUGCGGCAGAGGCAGGGAGGGCCGGGCGCCGGCGUUAGUGCAGGGCUGCCGGGUGAGGAAGAGCCGUCUCCCCUUUCGUUCUCCUCUGAGAAGGAGUGAACGCGGCAGGCGGAACGCAGAGCUGCCGGGAGGAAGCGGCGCCUUAACUGUCAUCCUUCUGCGAGAACAGACCUGUCCUGAUCCCUUCGUGACGGGUCCUUGCCUCACAGCUGCUGCUGCUUCGUAAUUGUGGCUCUGAGGAUAAACCCACAGAUGGCGUCGCCCCGUCUUCCCGCUGCCUGCUUUGAUGCCUUUCCAGUCAGGAACCGCUGGCUUCUGCCCAGCACUUUCAGACCAUGCUGAAGUCCAAGUUGAAUGUCCUCACACUAAAAAAGGAACCCCUUCCAGCAGUCAUCUUCCAUGAGCCCGAGGCCAUCGAGCUGUGCACCACCACGCCCCUGAUGAAGACCAGAACUCACAGUGGCUGCAAGGUUACCUAUCUGGGUAAAGUCCCCACCACAGGCAUGCAGUUUCUUUCAGGCUGCACAGAAAAGCCAGUCAUCGAGCUCUGGAAGAAACACACGCUAGCCCGAGAAGAUGUCUUUCCAGCCAAUGCCCUUCUGGAAAUCCGACCAUUCCAAGUGUGGCUCCAUCACCUCGACCAUAAAGGUGAAGCCACGGUCCACAUGGAUACCUUCCAGGUGGCGCGCAUCGCCUACUGCACUGCUGACCACAACGUGAGCCCCAACAUCUUCGCCUGGGUUUACAGGGAGAUCAACGACGACCUGUCCUACCAGAUGGACUGCCAUGCUGUAGAGUGUGAGAGCAAGCUCGAGGCCAAGAAGCUGGCCCACGCCAUGAUGGAGGCCUUCAGGAAGACUUUCCACAGCAUGAAGAGCGACGGUCGGAUCCAUAGGAACAGCUCAUCGGAAGAAGUUUCCCAGGAAUUGGAAUCCGAUGAUGGUUGAAUGAACUGAGCGUGCUUCAGCAUGGCGGCAUUGGUCAAGGAAUUCCAGAUGAUAGAUGAAUAAGCAAUGAUUCAAAUUUGGGAAGAAAAGACUGCCAAACUAUUGGCUGACCAAGCUUUUUAAAUUCAGAAGAGCAAUUCUAAAUCUAAAGAAAUGUAUUAUUAAAGUAAUUACAUUACAUUGAAA